UUUUGUUUGUAUUUAAGAUCAUACCCGUCAGCUCUGCACGCACGCGUUUCGCUCGCGUCCUUCAAAUGAAUUAAGUGGUUGUGAAAUAAAGUUUUUGAAACUUUCAAAGUUUGAUUUUUAUGAAAUAAGUUACGUGUGAAGUGUUAUGUGUCAAGUGGGUCUAAAAAAGUUCAAUUUGUAAUUUUAGGAAACAAAGAACAUCACUCUAAAGUAGUGUUUUAUAGGGCACAAAAGUUGAGUGAACUUUCGUACUUCGUUACUUUGGAAUCCAGUGAAUCCUACAGGUGUUUUUGUAAAUUGUAUUGUUGUGACAGAAAAAUCCUAGCAACAACGAUACAAUGAAAUCCAUCAAACUAAGCAGUUUUCUUACUAGUAAAGUUGAAGCAAAAGUUGAUUACAUAGAAACAGUAUUAGAUACCGUGCGACCAUUCUGAAAUGGUGUUUUACGAACUUUUUUAACUUGUAAAGAUAGAACGAGAGUGGUUGGUCAAGAUGUAUUUAAAUAAAACAUAUGCGGUUUUAGUGAUUGUCUUGUGCUUUUUUUCAAUCUCAUCACCAGCUGAACCAGGAAGUCAAAUGCAACCGCCUCGAUUUACAAUGCAGCCCUCGUCGUCAAAUAGCGUAGUAAGGGAAGGAACAACGAAGAUAUUACAAUGCUCUGCCAUAGGGAUACCACAGCCUAUGUACAGAUGGCUUAAAAACGGCGAUCCAUUAGGCGACUAUUCCUCAGAAUUAUUUUAUAAAAUACACAAUACACAGCGCCAAGACGCGGGCGCUUACCAGUGUAUAGCAAAAAAUGAUGUUGGGGCGAUUUUCAGUGAAAAAAACAACAUAAUUGUCGCUUUCAUGGGUGUUUUUGAGAACACAAUAGAAGAAGUGAUAACAGUCGAGUCAGGUAACGCGGCUAUUCUAGAUUUUCCACACAUAGAAUCUGAACCUCCACCGUCGGUUAUUUGGCAGGACGAGAAUGGCGUAAACGGUGUAUUACGUUACGAUCAAAAAUAUGCUAUCACCGAUAAACAUCAACUAGUAAUAUUAUGCGCAUCCCAAGACGACCAGCGAGCCUAUAGAGCGCGAGCAAUAAACACCCAGUUGGGUAAGGUUGAAAAUAGUCCGUACAUUAGAUUAAAAGUAAAUGGAGACGACGACAAAGAAAUAGCACCAGAAAUUAUUAUUAGGCCGCAGGACACGAAGAUAAUAAAAGGUCAAGAAUACACAAAUAUAUACUGCAUCGCCAACGCACGACCGCUGCACGAGCUCGAAACGUUAUGGUUUAAAGACGGCGUAUUGAUCGAUUUAGCGGGAAUCACUUACGACCUCAACGAUCAAUGGAACCGAACGCUGAGUCUCAUAUCGGCCAAUUUAAACCAUACCGGCCAGUACACGUGUCAAGCAAGACUUAAGUCUGGCGGUUUCGCGACUGUGACCGCGUCAGCGAUUGUUACUGUAUUUGAAAAGCCAGUAAUGUUAUCCAGCUUAAAAUCGGAAACUUUUGGUGAGUUUGGUAGUACCAUCGUCUUAGAGUGCAACGUACAUGGCAUACCUAUGCCUGGAAUCACGUGGUACAAGGAUGCGAAGAAAAUAGCGAGCGUCGGAGCUGACGCCGAGGAGUCCGACAAUGCGGAUGUCGAUGACGGAGGAGGCAGGUACAGGGUGGAAGUAGACAGAUCGCUCGUUAUCAACCACCUCAAGAUGGAAGAUAUGGGCAUAUAUCAGUGCAUAGCUAGUAACGAUGCUGGAGAAUCUUCCAUCUACACCUGGUUAAAAAUAAAAACGUCUCCGCCCAUAAUGCAGAGUGCACCGGCCAACCUCACCGUGCUAGACGGGAAGGACGCCACCAUCGUCUGUCGGGCUAUCGGAGCCCCCACGCCCAACGUCACGUGGUACUUCAAUGAUUCUCUUAUUAUAAACUUAUCCAGAAGAUUACAAACGUUAGAUGAAGGAGACCUGCUAAUAACGGCCACAACCACAGCGGACACCGGGAAAUAUACUUGUAUACGAACAAACGACGCGGGCAACGUUUCCGGUGAAGCGUACCUCACUGUGCUCGUAAGGACGCAAGUAAUCGCCCCUCCCGUCGACACCCGAGUAUUACUGGGUCACACGGCAACGCUGCAAUGUAAAGUAUCCAGCGACCCGAAUGUCAAGUACAACAUCGACUGGUUCCACAACAAACAACCCAUGACGGCGGGUUCGCGCGUGUGGGUGUCGGGCGACGGCGCGCUGCAGGUGCAGGCGGUGCGCGCGAGCGACGCGGGCGAGUACACGUGCGUGGUGACGUCGGCGGGCGGCAACCACACGCGGCGCGCGCUGCUGUCCGUCAUCGAGCUGCCCUUCGCGCCCACCAACGCGCGCGCCGAGCGCCUGGACGCCGCCCCGCAGCGCGCCGUCAACGUGUCCUGGACGCCCGGCUUCGACGGGAACUCGCCCGUCAACAAGUACAUCGUGCAGCGACGAGUCGUGCCUGAAUUCGGUCCCACCCCGGACCCGUUGUUGAAUUGGGUGACGGAACCGAUGAAUGUAUCCGCGAAUCAACGUUGGGUGCUUCUGACUAGUUUGAAGGCGGCCACUUCGUAUCAAUUUCGCGUCUCUGCAGUGAACACCGUAGGAGAGGGUCCUCCUUCUGAACCGACGGAGGUUUUGACUCUACCACAGGAAGCCAGCGACAUAAUAUGCUGCCAAGCACCCUCUGGACCUCCUUUGGGUUUUAUGGGAUCGGCGCGAUCCUCCUCCGAGAUAAUAACCCAAUGGCAGCCGCCCCUAGAAGAACAUAGAAAUGGUCAUAUUCUGGGAUACGUAAUCAGAUAUCGUUUGAAAGGCUACGACAACAGUCCCUGGACCAAUCAGAAUAUAACAAACGAAGCGCAACGAAACUAUCUUAUCCAAGAUUUAAUAACUUGGAAAGAUUACAAUGUACAAAUUGCAGCAUAUAACGAUAAAGGCGUCGGGGUGUUUUCGGAUAGUUACACGAUAAAGACAAAGGAGGGCGUGCCGGAAGCGGCGCCCGAUAGUGUUCGCUGCGAGGCGUUUAAUUCUACCGCUAUACAAGUUUGGUGGACGCCUCCAAAUCCUCAAAAAAUUAAUGGAAUCAAUCAGGGAUACAAAAUUCAAGCAUGGCUUUGGGACGAAGCGUCGAAUGAUAGCGUGGAACAGAAACUCGUCAGCGUACCACCAAAUUUGUUGGAUCCUCUCACCGAACAGACAGCAAUCAUAAAUGGUUUAGAGAAGUUUACCGAAUAUAAUAUUUCUGUACUGUGCUUCACGGAGCCGGGCGAUGGUCCGCGAAGUGACUUCGUCUCGAUAAGAACGAAAGAAGAUACACCUGAUGAAGUAACGAACCUACAAUUCGACGAUGUAUCAGACAGAGCAGUUAGAGUGUCCUGGUCGCCACCGAAAAAGUCUAACGGCGUACUCAUCGGCUACAAACUCAAAUACCAAGUGAAGGAUAGCGUCGAAACAAUGAAGGAAGAAAUACUACCGCCCAAUGGUACUAGCAUACGAGUCGAACAUUUGCAGGCGAGCACGUCGUACCGGUUCUGGGUGAGCGCGCUGACGGCGGUGGGCGAGGGCGGCGCGCGCGCGGCCGACAUCCAGUCGGGCGUGGAGCCCGUGCUGCCGCACGCGCCCACCAACCUCGCGCUGUCCAACAUCGCCGCGCACUCCGUGCUGCUGCAGUUCACGCCCGGCUUCGACGGGAACUCCUCCGUCUCGCAGUGGACCGUGCAGGCUCAAACUGCGCGGAACUCUGCCUGGGUAUCGAUUUACGAAGUGAACGCCCCCGACGCCCAGUCGAUCCUGGUAACUGACUUAAUUCCUUUCACUACUUACCGCUUGAGACUGAUAGCAACUAACGUCGUCGGAUCCUCUCCGCCCUCGGAGCCUUGUAAAGAAUUCCAAACCAUCCAAGCUCCUCCGCAGCACCCACCCAGGAAUGUGACUGUGCGCGCUGUCAGCGCUAACAACCUUCGAGUCAGAUGGAUUCCAUUGCAACAAAGCGAAUGGUACGGUAACCCAAAAGGCUACAAUAUCACAUACAAGAGAAGUGGUACUAAUGAUACCCUACAUAGUAUAAUCGAAGAUCAUACGGCCAAUUCGCAUGUGCUAUCAAAUUUAGAGGAAUGGUCCAUUUAUGAGAUUACGAUGACCGCCAUAAACGAAGUUGGAACCUCCGCCACGAGCCCGACUGCAACGGAAAGAACUAGAGAAGCAGUUCCAUCAAGUGGUCCAGUAGGUGUAUCAGCUAAAGCGACGUCAUCCACUACUGUUGUUGUUGUCUGGGGGGACAUCCCUUCCCAAGAUCAAAAUGGCCUUAUUGAAGGGUACAAAGUGUGCUACGCGGCAGUGGUACCUCCACCUCGUCCAGAUCAAAAGAAAAUAGAAUGCCACCCUAUUUCUUCUAACCAGACCCAUACAGUUACAUUGACAGAGCUUCGGAAGUAUGUCGUCUAUCAGAUUCAAGUCCUAGGGUAUACGAGACUAGGAGACGGCGCACUCAGCGAUCCACCCGUCACUGUUAGAACUUUUGAAGACACGCCCGGCCCUCCGUCGAAUGUGUCUUUUCCCGAUGUCACUUUUAGUACGGCGCGUAUAAUUUGGGAUGUUCCUGAAGAUCCUAACGGCGAGAUUUUGGCAUACAAAGUGACAUACCAUCUUAACAGUUCCACGCAACACAUGUUUUCGAAAGAGUUUCUACCUUCUGAUAGAACUUUUAGGGCCACGGAGCUGAGUGCGGAGGAGUACUACCAGUUCUCGGUGACGGCGCAGACGCGCGUGGGCUGGGGCGCCACGCUGCGCGCGCUGGUGCUGUGCACCGCCAACCGCGCCGCGCCCGCGCCGCCCGCGCGGCCCUACGUGGCGCGCUCGCUGCUGCAGCCGCACCAGAUCACCUUCUCCUGGACGCCCGGCGACGACGGCUACGCGCCGCUCAGAUACUACACGAUACAGCAGAAGGAGGAGGGGGGCACCUGGCAGACUCUUCCCGAGCACGUCGACCCGUUUGCGACCUCGUACACCGUGGAGAGCCUGAAGCCUUAUACCGCUUACCAGUUUCGAAUCCGCGCCACUAACGACAUCGGACCCAGUCGAUACAGUAAUGCCACGGAAACAGUUCGCACUUUACCGGCAGCGCCCAGUAAAGCUGUGGAGAAUCUGCGCGUGGUGCCGAUAACGCCGAGCAGCGUGCGCGUGCAGUGGGCGGCGCUGGGCGAGCAGCACUGGAGCGGCGACGCGCGCACGGGCGGCUACUCCGUCUCCUACCAGCCGCUCACCGACUUCCCCGCGUCGCUGCACACCACCAUGAAGCAGGAAGUGCCGGGCAUUAAGAGCGAUGAAGUCGUGCUGACAGAUUUGGCGUUGGACCGCAACUACGAGAUCAGCGUUUGCGCAGUGAACUCGCAGGGUUCGGGCCCGGCGGGCGCACCGGCCGUGGUGUGGGUGGGCGAGGCUGUGCCCACCGCGCCGCCACAAAGCGUGGCGGCGCACGCACUGUCACCCACGGAGGUGGCGCUGACCUGGGGCCCACCACACCUCGCGCAGCAGAAUGGGGACCUGCUCGGAUACAAGAUAUUUUACUUAAUGACCGAGUCUCCGGAGGAACCGGAACCUGGACGACGGGCAGAGGAGGAGAUAGAAGUGGUGCCGGCUACUUCCACCUCGCAUUCGCUCGUAUUCCUAGACAAGUUUACGCAGUAUCGAAUUCAGGUGUUAGCCUUUAAUCCGGCUGGAGACGGACCAAGAUCGAACGCGAUUCUAGUACGGACGCAUCAGGGUCUGCCUUCGGCGCCACGUAACAUAACAUUUUCCGAGAUCACCAUGAACAGCCUGAUAGUGUCAUGGGAGCCACCCCACCGGCGCAAUGGCCUCAUACACUCCUACCUCGUCACCUACGAGACCAUAGAACAGGAUGAACGAUUCAGCAAACAAGUGAAGCAGAAGGUGUCGGAGCGGCGGCUGGCGGUGGGCGCGCUGGAGGAGGAGGUGGAGUACCGCUUCAGCGUGCGCGCCGUGACGCUGGCGGCGGGCGCGGCGGCCGAGGCGCGCGCGCGCACGGGCCCGCAGGCCGGCUCGCCCGCGCGCCCCGCCGCGCUGCUGCUGCGCGCCGACCCCGCCGCACUGCAUCUGCGCUGGACCAAUGCCGCCUCGGGCAAGGGGCCGCUGCUCGGCUACUACUUCGAGGCGAGGAAGAAAGAUGAUACGCGAUGGGAGACAAUAACCAGAACAAGCAAUGGUAUACUGGAAGAAUUUACUAUUUCUUAUCAGAGCUUGCUUCCGUCGACCGCUUACUCGUUUAGAGUAAUAGCAUACAACAUGUACGGUAUAAGCAACCCAGCGUACAGCGAAAAAGUUAUCGUGACACCGUCUAAACUUUAUUUGGAAUACGGCUACUUGCAGUACCGGCCGUUUUAUCGAAGAACCUGGUUUAUGGUCGCUCUCGCUGCUGCUUCCAUCAUCAUUAUAAUUAUGGUCAUCGCAAUACUUUGCGUGAAAAGCAAAAGUUACAAGUAUAAAAUUUUUCUAUCAGAAGAAGCUCAAAAGACGCUGGAGGAGUCACUGGCGGGCGAGACGGACGAGCGCGGCUCGCUGGCGCUGGACCUGUACCGCUCGCGACAGAACUCGGCGGCGAGCGCGGGCGGCGCGGGGGGCGCGGGCGGCGCGGGCACGCUGCGCCGCAAGGCGCCCGCGCUCGCCAAGUCGCCGCCGCGGCCCUCGCCCGCCUCCGUCGCCUACCACAGCGACGAGGAGAGCCUGCGCGGCUACGACGAGAACCCCGACGACUCCUCGCUCACCGAGAAACCCUCCGAGAUGAGCUCGUCCGACUCGCAGAAUUCGGAGAGUGAAAAUGAAAGCGUGAGAUCGGAGCCACAUUCGUUUGUAAAUCAUUAUGCGAACGUCAACGAUACGUUACGACAGUCUUGGAAAAGACAGCGCCCCGUUCGCAACUACUCCAGCUACACGGACUCGGAGCCCGAGGGCAGCGCCGUACUCAGCCUCAACGGCGGCCAAAUCGUCAUGAACAAUAUGGCGCGCUCCCGGGCCCCAUUGCCAGGAUUUUCUUCGUUCGUAUGACACGAACCUACCGACACGGCGCCCGCGCACGCCGUGCACAUGUAGGACGCACUGCCGAUUCAUUCCCAAUGCGUUAAUUUAUAAAAAUAGCGCUUGUACAUAUCGAUGACUGUUGAGUAUUAUUAUUAGCUGACUUAAUUAGAUAUACAGACCUAUAUUAGACGUAAGGAUAUUGUUCGACAUCUUGACAUAGAUAUAUCAUUUUCAAAAUUUAUACUUAUGAAGGAUAAGGUCAUAACUAUAUAAGGUUACUAUUGUACAUUAUUUAAUAUUUUAUAAGAUCUCGCUAGAUCAAUAUUUAAAUACAUUUAUAUAUAUAAUAAUUUCCUAUUCUGUUCCGAUUUUUCAAUGUUUUGACUAUAUUUCAUGGAAUACUUCUAAAUAUAAUAAGCACAUAAUCUUAAUAAUUAACAUUGAAGUAUUAUUAAAGACUUUGACCACGCCACAUAAACUUGUAUAGAUAUUUUAUCACUUUUGUCACGAAAAUAUUAAUAAUCAUUCCAAUUAUAGAUUAAGCUGAUUGUUAUAAUGAUAUUAUGUACUUACUGAUCUAACACUCUUCAUAUACAUAAUCUAUUAAAGUUUUUGACAGAUUUUUACUUUGCUAUUGUAUCUGUAUUAUUAACUGUUCACGUCAAUCUCGUUUUAAAUAUUUAUUUUUCAAUUCAUUAUAUAAUGAUAUUUUUUUUAUUCCAAAUACAUACAUGAUUAAUAUUUUUUACAAAAGUGAAAUCUAACCUAUUGUGGUAUGUUGUAAGACUGUAAACACCCAAUAGUUAUAUUUAACAAACUUUCAAAAUAAUACUAAUCUAAUUGUAUGCAAUUGUAUUUGUAUUAAUUUAUUCAGAAUCUAUUUAAGUUGAAUUUUGGAAACUUUUGAAUAGUUGAGUGAAUUAAGAAAGAUUUUUUACGUAAUAUCUCAUGUGAGCAGCCCUCGUCUCUCUCGAUGUCGAAAAAUAAUGUUGUAUUGUUUUAACUAUAAAAGCAAUAUUAAUUAAUGAAACGUUAAAUUUAGAUUUUGUAAUUUUUUGUCUACAUUUAAUAACUUAUAACUGACUGAUAGUUUUAGAAUAAUCUACUAUUGAUUGGUGUAAAUAAUGAUAAUACUAUUAUCCUAUGAUGCAUGCAUUUUUGGCAUGCUCAUCUGGCACAAUUCUUUAAAAAAUCUGUGAUCUAUUUUUUAUUUGCAAUGAAAUACUUUACAAAAAUAGCAAUAAGUAUUUACAUUUAUCAUAGGUGUCAUUCCAUUCAAAAGUAGAAAUAGUAUGCACCAAUAUUAAUACUUAAUACAUACUGUAAAUUCUGUUUUUAUUGUAUUAUCAUGAUACGCAAAAAUUUAAAUUUGCAUAUAUUGUUUUAAUGGUGCCAUUAAUGUAGCUAAUUAUUUUGUAUUAUUUUUUUCACAUAUUUUAAAUAUACAAAGAUUAGCAAUUGAAUAAAUUAUGACAUUAA